AUGGCAGAUCCUACAAUUUCGGUGGCAGAGUUUCAACAAAUGCGUGCACAACUGAACCAAUUGACACAACAACUGCAAGCACUUCAGCAUAAUUUAGGUCGUGCACCAAACAGGGAGGACCAACAUGAUGAUGAACAACAUGUUGAGGAUGAUGAUCCUGCUGCCUUGGAGGCCGGGGCUGCUCGUCUUCAGGCUGAGGCAGGUGGUGGUGGUGGCCGUGGCUACGGUGCUGGUUGUGGCCGAGGCUAUGGUGGUGGCCGUAAUUUUGGUGGACCUAAUAUGAGGCCACAUUUCUUUGGUCGUGCCCGGCGUGUUCCUGUUCUAGGGGCUGCAGGUCUUCAUGGUGGUUAUGAAGGCUGUGGAGGUGCUAACUUUGGUGGUUUUGGUGGCCACCAGUUUGCUGGUCAUGAUGGCCAUCGUGACCGGCGACGUGGAGGUCCUGAACGCCACCGAGAUGAAGAUGGUUUGGGUAAAGUGAAAGUGUCCAUUCCCCCUUUCAGUGGGAAGGAGAAUGCUGAUGCUUACUUUGAAUGGGAGACUAAGGUGGACCAGAUAUUUGAUUUGUAUGAUUACCCUGCUGAAAAGAAGGCAAAGCUUGCUGCCAUUGAGUUUAAAGGAAUAACUGAGGAUGAGGAAUCCACGAUGGCUCGGUUCUUGGUUGGAUUGAAUAAACCUAUUGCUGAUAAAGUGGAUAUGACUAAUUACACCAAUCUAACAGAAUUAGUUCAUUUUGCCAAAAGGGCAGAAAGACAGCUUGCUGUGUCUUAUAAAAAUAGUGUUUCAUUUUCAUCUCAUAACAGUUCUACUCCAUGGCGCCAUUCACAACAGCAAGGGUUAGGAUCGCACACACCUUCACCUCACGGAGCUCCUCGUUCUGUUUCAUCUUCCGCCAAACAAUUUGAUGUGAAAGGCAAAGCUGUGAGUUCCACUCAGUCCAACUCCUCUACUGCAGCAGUCCAAAGGAAGACAAGUAAGAUUGAGUGUUUUAAGUGUGGUGGACAUGGGCAUAAGCAAGCUGAAUGCCCCAAUAGGCGUGCAAUUGUAGCACUUGCUGAUGGUUCUUAUGACUCUCAAAGUGAAGAGGAGGACGAGCAUAAUGCCCUGGCAUUAGAAGAUGGGAAUCUUGAAACUUGUGAGUAUCAAGCUGAGGAUGGUGAAUAUAAGCUGGGCUUGAAUUGUUUGGCCAUUCAGUCUAUUCCACAUGUUGUUCCAUAUGACAUACCACAAGUUAUUAUUCCUCUGAAUCCAGAGGAGAUCACAAGUGCUGAUUUUGAUGAUUUGCUUGUUGAUACUAAUUAUUUGGAGGCUCCUACUUCGUCCCGACAUGGUACUCCAUUUGGGUCUGCUACAAGUUCUACUGUGACUGCUUAUGUGUUGCAUGCACCAGACCAUUCUUUGGUGGUUCGGCGAGUUCUUUCUACACAAUUACUUGCAGCUGAGCAAGGGCAGCGCCAUAAUUUGUUUCAAUCACGCUGCAAAGUAAAAGGACAGGUGUGCAGAUUCAUAAUUGAUGGUGGGAGCUGCAACAAUAUUGUCAGUGCCUUGUUGGUUGACAAACUUGGCCUGCCAACACGUCGCCAUCCACACCCGUACCAUAUGCAAUGGCUGAAUAAUUCCGGGCCAGUGAAAGUUUCAUCCAUGGUCCGUUUAUCAUUCUCAGUUGGUGAUUAUCAUGGAGAGGUUGAUUGUGAUAUUGUCCCCAUGCAAGCAUGCCAUUUGCUGCUUGGUCGGACCUGGCAAUUUGAUGUGGACUCGGUGCAUUUUGGACGGUCUAACAAAUACACUUUCAUUCACAAUGACAAGAAGGUGGUUCUUGUUCCAUUAUCUCCAGAGGAGAUACAUACUUCAGAUAUGGCUCGCAAGAAAAGAGAGGAAUCUGACAAAAGAAAAUUGAGUGAUAUCGCCAACCCAAGUAAGGGAGAGAGUUCUAACCCAUCCAACCACAUAUAGCCUCAUACCAAUCUUAAACAGCCACGCCACACUGAGUGUCUCUUUGUGAGCAAGAGUGAUUUGAGAGAAGUGAGAAACACCACAGCUCCAUUCUUUGUGCUCUUGCACAAGGAGGUCCUCCUUUCAACUAACGAUUUACCUUCCUCGCUGCCUAGUGUUGUUCUUGAUCUCUUACAGGAUUUCAAAGAUGUUUUUCCCGAUGAGAUACUAGCUGGACUUCCUCCACUCCGUGGAAUUGAGCAUCAUAUUGAUUUGGUACCAGGUGCUUCUCUUCCAAAUCGUCCAGCCUACCGCACCAAUCCCGAAGAGACAAAGGAAAUUCAGCGACAGGUAAAAGAGCUUUUGGAUAAAGGGUAUAUUCGUGAAUCCUUAUCACCAUGUGCU